UUCGGUUCGGUUCGGUUCGGUUCGGUUCGGUUCGGUUCGUCCGGUCCGGUGCCGCCUCCCGCGGCCAUCGGGAGCUCUCGGAGCCCUGCCCGACCUCUCCCCACAGCGCUGCUGAAAUCAUUGUCGCUACAGCUUCGGCCCUGGCCCGCUCCAUGGGGUCUCAGGUGCCCCUGGAGCCCCGGGGCCGAGACUCGGGCCCCGUGUUCAGCGGGGUUGCUCCUGAAAUCAUCGAGGACACGCUGAUCCACUUGGCCACGGAGAACGAGCAGUACCUGAGCGAGCUGCCGGAGCAGGCUGGCUACUUCAAAGAGACACGUAUCGUGGAAUUUAUAUUCCUUUUGUCUGAAAAAUGGCACUUGGACCAGUCGACGCGGUACCAGGCAGUGGAGUUACUUGAACGGUUUAUGAUCAAGCAGGUAGAACAGAUGAGGGAUGACAGAGGGAGCACUGAAGGUCGUGACCAGGGGCAGAGGAGCAGCUGGAGCUCUGUGAGGGAUCAGAUCACCAACACCUUUGUCCUGAGACUCGUGUCCUGCGUUCAGCUCGCCAGCAAACUCUCUCUGCACUACAGUAGAGUGACCAAUGACACAGCUUUAACAUUUCUGCAAUCCUUAAAAUACUCCUACACUAAACAGGAAUUGCUGGAGUCGGAGCUUGCUGUUUUAAACACUCUGCACUUCCACAUCAAUGUGUCAACUCCGUUGGCCUACGUGGAAUUGCUUCUGGAGGUUCUAGGAUACAAUGGCUGCUUGCUUCCUGCCAAACCCUUACACCAGCUGUGCGUGCAGCUGCUGGACUUCUGUUACCUGACCAGAGAGACCAUCUAUGACACUCUGCUGAAGAUCGCCAUCGAAAACUCCACCCCAAGCAAACUGCAGAUAGCCAAGUUUUUAACAGUGAAGGAAGAUUUCAUGCUCUUGGCUGUUGGAGUCAUCAGUACAGGUGUGUUCAUCCUGAGCCCCGGGCACUGGGAGCAGGUUGUGGAGCAUUUAAACUUCAUCACUGGCAUUACCCCACAAAGCAUCCUGGAGUUCUCCUACGCUGUGGUGAGGCGCAUUGUUGGCAGCACCACACCCGAGCAGCACCGUGGCAAGUGUGGGACCAAAUCUCCUGAGGACAGAAUUCCUCCUCAGAAAUAGAACCGCCUUGUCCAUCCACUCACUGGCCCAGCAGCAGGAACUGCCCCACUGCUGACAACUGUCCCUCCCUCUGUGGCACUGCCCAGGCACCCAGCACAGCUCGGGGCUACCUGAAUUCUGGAAGAGCCCAUCAGUCUCGUGUUAAUCAGCAAAGCUCGUCCUGCCAGGCAUCACAGUCAUGCCCAGGAAGGAGGCCCAACAGCACCAUUGUGUUCAGAAAUGCCCUAAAAGCUUUAUUGUAAAAGCUGCAUCUUUUAAAGUUUUGAAUCUUAAGUUCCCUUUAGCCAAAGAGACCUCUCAGAGUAGUUGUGUUUGAAAGGUGCUGCCAUGCCUGGUGCUUGGCUGGGGCCAGCUCUCACAAACGGGGCUGCUCUGUCUCCUGCUGCUGCUUUUGUAAAACCCCUGUCUCAGCUGCCUGUGAUUGUCCCCUCUGUGACUGUCACCACAGCAGUGCCCAGGCUGGGUGUCCCUGCAAGUGCCAGGAACUGCUGGCUGCAAACACCUGGAGCGUGGAAUAAUUUCAGUUUUGCCUCAGUACAGCCCUGUGCAGGAACAGGCUGCAGGAGGGAUUACACUGCUGUCAUGGUAGCAAACCUUGCUAAGUGCAGCAGCACAAAGAAGUGCUGAUAUGACUUAGUAAAUAUUUUAUUUUAAACUGUAGUCACUCUUUAAUGACCAGGCAGAGUUCUGGCAGUUUUCCCACAUUAUUCACUGUGUUUGUAAUGCUCUGCUUUUCCAAGCUGGCAUUAGCUGUAACAGAGCAGCAUCAAACUGAUGUGUGUUCUGAAGUUUGACAAUUAUUUACAUGUGUGGCCAUAAAUCCCAAAAAUAACAGUUUUGAAUCCGUUUAAUAGCUGGGUUUUAUUCUGUUCAACUCAAUGAUACAACUUUGCAUAUUGCUUUUCUAUAAACUACUUGUAAUGAUGGCAUUUAAAAUAAAGUGUCUUGUGGA